UCUGUCUUGUUGCCAGAUGUAACUGGGUUGCAUUAAGCUCAAACUGCGAUUCGCGCAGCCGAUUUUUUUAAUUACAUUAUUUUUUUUAAUUGUGAACUAAUUUCAAGGAUUCCAUGCCAUCGUCAUCGCCACGAAAUCUGGUAGUGUUCUAAGCUAUUGUUACGCGUUUGGUUCGAAGUUUAUACCUUUUAUGUCGAGUAUUAUUCGAAAUAUCUUUAUGAAAUAUGCGAUCAGAUGUAUACAACGACAUCAAUUCGAUUUGGAUUACGUAAAAUAGAUUUAUUGCGUCUUCUAGUGUUUCAUUUCAAAGAAAAUUUCCUCAUACUUGGUGGUUUGUAAAAUAAUGUCCACAUCGAGUGCGGAAGGAUCAGGUUCUCUGUCUCCUUCCCCCGUGGCACCAAAUGCACCAAAAUUUGGAACGCUCAUACCAAAUCGUAUCUUUGUUGGUGGAAUAGCCGCAAAUACGACGGAAUCGGAGCUUCAUUCACUUUUUGCAUCAUAUGGCAAUGUAAAAGCCACAAAAAUCAUUCUAGACAGGGCAGGUGUUUCGAAGGGAUAUGGGUUCGUAACCUUUGAGACAGAAGAAGAAGCCCGUCGAAUACAAAAAGAAGCAGAUGUGAUUUUAAAAGACAAAAAAUUAAACAUUGCUCCAGCAAUUAAAAAACAGCCAUUUGCCAGAGUGUAUGAUCCUGCACCCACCGUACCAAAUGGGACCAUUUUAUAUCCUGGCGGGAUUCCUCUAACAUAUCCUAAUGGUGUAACAUUCUUCAGUUCACCAGAAAGUAUGUGCUCAUACGGAAACCCUCAGGCGAACUUGAAUGUGAUAUAUCCGUCCUCUGUCUACCUUCCCCAGCAGUCUUUCCAGUGCCAUCCUGCGCAAAGUGGUGCUUACACUCAGAGCGCUGCAGUUCCCGAAAUGACUCAGUUCAUACCAGCGUUGGCACCAACCCACUAUUUCAUUCCCGAGCACAACUAUUAAAUUGGCGAGAUGCAGGAAUUGCAGACACACACCGAAUUCUCCCGGUCUCAACAGCUCUGAUCAGUAAAGGAAAGAACUAAACAUGGAGGCUGAAGAGAGAAUUUAAAUAAAUUCUGUUAAUCAACUGCAUACUGCGGAACAGAUUCCAUUCCCUGAGUUUUUUUCCACGGCCUCUUCAAUUUCAUUCUUUCGCAAUGAAUUCCAAAGGUUUAAAUACCAAUAAUAUAUGAACACAUGUUAUGAUUUUCAUUAUGCGUUAGCCAAAUCUAUAAAUUAGUUUUCAAGCAUGAAUUUCGGUGUGUGCUUGCGAGACAAUCGUCACCUAUUUCCACAACUCAGGAUAAGUCACAUGUUGUUUGUUGUGUAAGAAAGGAAAAAUGGUUCUCAAUCUUGCCCAACCUGAAUAGAAAAAAUUUAAUCAUUAAAACAGUUUUAAAUGUGUAUGAAACUGUGAAAAUGUUACACAAAAUUUAAACUAAAACUUACUAAAACAAUUUUUUGAAAGUGUUUGUAGUGAAAAUCGAUGUUUUACUAUGUGCAAAAUUAAUUUUGACAAACGAGAUUAUGGUCGUGUUCGAAUAGAGUUACCAGUUAACCCGGGCAAUUGAUUUCAUGACGUCAGUGGUUUGUGCGGUGAGUGUCCAUAGAAUAUUUUCAUAUACGUUCAGCUAACCGGCAAUCUAACAGAACGUUUAUGGUUCGUCAUCGGGGAAUCCGAGUUAACCGGUUGCUCUAUUCAAACACAAUCUAUUUUUUUUUUUUUUUUUUUUUUUUAAUACCAUUUAACUAGUUUCUGAAAUCAUGAUUUUAGGGAAUAACGUAAGAGGAGACCAGUUAGAUUAAUGAUUCAAAAUCCUUAACUACACCAAUGUAUCGUGCCACGGCAAAGAAAGUGACACAACUCAAAAAAGCAGCAUUUGAGAAAAUCAAGGUUUUACGCAUUAGCAGUUUUAAGCGAUUUCGUCUCAAAUAUUACAAUAUUCUCAAAAAAUGAUGAUGCGAUGUUUACUGGUCAGUUUUUGUUGACUAAAUUAAUAAUUCAUGCUUAAACUUCGAAAAUUUACCUUCUACAUUAUGAAAUUGUAACGAUGAGUGACUUUUGACUAUAUCUUUUUUUCGCCGCCAGGUACCAGUUUUAUAAGCUAACUUAGUGUGAGUUUCGUAACAAGAAAGAGCAGUAAUUUACAUUUUUUAAUGAAUAGGGAGUACAUUUUCCCCAAAUUUUGAGUUUUCAGGAGACACAUUUCCUUACCGGGGAGCGAUAUUUUUCGAUGUAAAGCACCUUGGAGGGGAGUAUCUCGCGCUGGACUAGAGCCCGUUACCUUCUGGUUUCGAGUCCAAAACAUUUCAAAAAACUUACUGGAACAGAACUUCUUGAACAGAAGAAAACACGUUACACCUUAUUUGAACUAAAGAUGGAAUUUUCCGUGUUGCCGACAGUGACGGAUUUUGCUUUAGAUUUGAUUUACGCUGGGCUGCCCUAAACACAAAUUUUUUGAGAGGGGGGGUUCAAUUUACCGAAUAAAACUCCAAAGUAAACAGAAUCGUAACAAAAAUAAUAAAUAAAAUAAAAUGUUUGCCUAUACACCUACGUCUGAUGGAAAGAGACAAUAGGUAUAAUUAAAAAAGAUUUAAAAAUUGCAAUAUUUCAAUACUGUUGGUCUCCAGUUAAAAACUGCCAAAUAAGAAAUUUUAAGGACACAGUGAUCUCCCGCGACUUCUCACUGGGGCCCCCUAGAUUUAUGCAUGACUGAAAUAAAAUUUGUUCAUUCAUUUCUAAAAACGGGACAAAUGAGUUAAGAAGAUUUGGACUUGAAAAAUAUAAUGAUUUGUUAGUGUGCAUGUACUAAAUAUUUUACUCGCAUAAACCUGCACCUCCUACCUAGUUACAAACUUAUUUAACGUGUAUUCCUUCUAAUUUGAAAGAAAAAAUACUUUAUAAGGAACAUAGAAUUUUAUUACCAAGCUUUUGCAUAAAAAGUUUUUCUUCGGUGCAUGAACUCUUAUAUCCCGACCAUGAUGAUAGUCUAAAAUCGGUUAGUGAAAUUUUGGGACAUUUAUUUAUCUUUAAGCAAGACUGAGAUCUAAUUUACCUUAUAACAUAUCCUAUGUUUAUCGUACUCCACAUUUUUGUUGCCGUGGAUAUACUCGUGUAUAUUUGUAUAUAAGUUGAUCAUGCCGUGGGCUAUGUUAUGUAUUUGUGAAAUAAAGAUUAUUAAGAUA